GCCUCUUCUAUUUGACAGUUCAAUAGACAUCCCUAUUGUCUUACUAACAAAGCAGUUCGCUCGCCAAGCACCUGGGAGAAGGCUAUUAUUAUUGUAGGAUUAUCUAUUCAAAACUUUAAAUAAGGGGAAUGUCGAAUUUCAAUACGUUGAAACGGGAACAAAUGUUCCGUAAUCCUUCUAAUGAAAAGUUUGGAACACCAGCAUUACAAGAAGUAGUUGCACCUCAUAUUGAUGCUUUCAACAGCAUUUCUGAAUUUGGGGAAGGACAACCCGGCCUAAUUGAUUUUGCUAUAAAAGAUAUUGGCAGCUUCUCUGUUUUUGAUAACGCUGAUAACGAUGUCAAUAUUGAUCAGAAUGGAACCUCACUUGGUAACAAAUUAACGUAUUGGUUAGAAGAUGUUCAAAUUCAACAGCCUAUGAUCAGCGAACGUGAUACAACUACUCUUAAACGAAAGAUUUACCCCUCCGAUUGUCGUGAACGUCUGACCACUUAUCGUGGUAAGCUUCAAGCUAAGCUUUGUUGGAAAGUGAACGAUGGACCUGCUCAGUCAGAAGUCCGAGAUCUUGGUUUAGUACCAGUUAUGGUACGAUCUAACCGUUGCAAUCUCAAGGGCAUGUAUCCCAAAGAGUUGAUUGCUCAUCACGAAGAGUCUGAAGAAAUGGGUGGUUACUUCAUUGUUAAUGGUAUUGAAAAGUUGAUUCGUCUUUUGAUUGUUCCUCGUCGAAACCAUGUUACAGCUAUCAUUCGUAAUUCUUUCCAAAACCGUGGGCCUACAUAUUCAACUUACGGUUGCUCUAUUCGAUGUGCUCGCCGUGAUCAAACAACAAUGACCAACACUAUCCAUUAUUUAACUGACGGUAAUGUUAUGUUCAGAUUCGCUUGGCGUAAACAGGAAUAUCUGUUACCUGCUGUCUUAGUUUUCAAGGCUUUAGUGGAUGCUUCAGAUAAAGAAAUCUUUGAUGCGCUUAACCAAGGUGACUUGCAAAAUACCUUCUUGACUGAUCGUAUUGAAUUGUUACUGCGAUCCUUCAAAAUUUAUUCACUCUACAGCCGCGAUCAAUGCUUAAGCUACAUUGGUGAAAAGUUCAGAAUCACUAUGGGAUUAGACGAUGAUUUAACAGACAAAGAAAUUGGUGAAGCGCUGCUCAAGAAGGUUGUAUUUGUUCACCUAGACGACAACCGUGAUAAAUUUAAUCUCUUAGCUUUUAUGAUUCGCAAACUUUAUUCGGUCGUUUCUGGCGAAUGCACUGCUGAUAACCCAGAUGCCCCCCAACAUCAAGAAGUUCUUUUAGGUGGCCACCUUUAUAAUAUGAUUAUGAAGGAAAAGAUUUAUGACUGGUUGAAUGGUAUCAAGAUGCAAAUCAGAAAUGACAUCAGAUUAAACCCUUCUAGAGUGGAUUUUUUCAAUGGUACAUAUUUCCAAAAUGCUAUUCGAAAAGUAAACAGUGAUAUUGGUGUUAAAUUGUCUUACUUUUUGGCUACCGGUAAUCUCGUGAGUAAAACUGGUCUGGAUCUCCAACAGUUCUCUGGUUUUACCAUUGUUGCUGAAAAACUGAACUUCUUCCGUUAUUUGGCUCAUUUCCGUUGUAUUCAUCGUGGUGCUUUCUUCGCUGAAUUAAAAACAACUUCGGUUCGUAAGCUACUCCCUGAAGCUUGGGGUUUCCUUUGUCCUGUACAUACCCCUGAUGGUUCCCCUUGUGGUUUGUUAAACCAUUUGGCACAUAAAUGUAAAAUUAUCAAUGAACCUCUAGACGUACAAAAUAUUCCUCGUUUGUUAACUGCACUUGGUGUCUCUCAAAGUUUCCUUCACUCAAUUGGUCGUCCCGGAGAUGUAGUUGUUAUGUUGGAUGGUAAGAUUGUAGGCUGGUGCACUCCUGCUACUGCAGCGAAAGCCGCUGAAAGCUUGAAGGUGUGGCGUGUUAACCGUGAAAACAGUAUCCCUCUUGAUAUGGAAAUCGCCCAUGUACCUAAAGCCUAUGGUGGCGAAUAUCCUGGUCUCUAUUUAUUCUCAAGUCCAGCUCGUAUGAUGCGUCCCGUAAAGUAUCUUGGUAACGGUAAAACAGAUAUGAUUGGUACCUUUGAACAGGUUUAUAUGGAUAUUGCAUGUAUGGAUGAUGAAGUUGUACCUGGUGUCACUACUCAUCAAGAGUUUACACCCACUCACAUUCUCAGUAUCAUCGCCAAUCAAACACCUUUCUCUGAUUUCAAUCAGUCUCCUCGUAAUAUGUAUCAAUGUCAAAUGGGUAAACAGACUAUGGGUACACCAUCCACUGUCCUCAAUCAUCGUACUGAUAAUAAGUUAUACCGUAUUCAGUCAGCACAAACACCAAUUGUCAGAACAGAAUUGUAUAAUCACUAUGGCUUAGACGGUUGGCCCCAGGGUAACAAUGCCAUUGUUGCUGUCAUUUCUUACACUGGUUAUGAUAUGGAAGAUGCCAUGAUUUUGAAUAAAUCCGCACAUGAACGCGGUUUCGGUUAUGGUACCGUUUACAAAUCAGAAACAGUUGAUCUUGGCGCUUAUCGCGCACGUGGAGAACCUAUCACAUAUCGCUUCGGUCUUGAUCCCUCCAAAGCCAAGAAAUACAGCGCUAAACUUGGUAAGGAUGGUUUACCCCAUAUUGGUGCUCAUUUGGUUGCGGAUGAUCCUCUCUGUUCGUACAUUGAUGAAUCAGCAGGCAAGACUAUUAUAAAGAAGUACAAGGGCCCUGAAGAUGCUUAUGUCGAAGAGGUCCGUCUUUUGGGUGAUGAUGCUGGUACUGGUGAAUUACAAAAAGUCCACAUCAAACUUCGUAUCACUCGUUCUCCCGUUAUUGGUGAUAAAUUCUCUUCUCGUCACGGACAAAAGGGUGUCUGUUCACAAAAGUACCCUGCCAUUGAUAUGCCUUUCACCGAAUCUGGUAUGCAGCCCGAUGUCAUCAUUAAUCCUCAUGCUUUCCCAUCUCGUAUGACUAUCGGUAUGUUUGUGGAAAGUAUAGCUGGUAAAGCUGGUGCUCUUCAUGGUAUUGCACAAGACAGCACACCAUUCAAAUUUAAUGAGCAGAAUACAGCUGCUGACUAUUUUGGUGAACAGCUAUUAAAGGCUGGUUAUAACUAUCACGGCAAUGAAGUCAUGUAUUCUGGUAUCACUGGUGAGGAAAUGAAGAUGGAUAUUUACAUUGGUGUUGUUUAUUACCAACGUUUGAGACACAUGGUCAAUGAUAAAUUCCAGGUCCGUACUACAGGUCCUGUACACAAUCUUACUAUGCAGCCUGUUAAGGGUCGUAAGAGACAUGGUGGUAUUCGUUUCGGUGAAAUGGAACGUGAUUCCUUGCUUGCACACGGCACAAGUUUCUUGCUGCAAGAUCGUUUAAUGAACUGUUCCGAUUAUUCACAGGCAUAUGUAUGCCGCUUAUGUGGUUCUUUGGCCUCACCAAUCUGUACCAAGAUAGUCUCCAGCUUAGGCAACAGACGUACUUACGAAUGUAGAACUUGUAACACAUCAAAGGGAAUUGAUCUUAUUGCUAUCCCAUAUGUGUUUAGAUACCUUACAACUGAAUUGAUGAGUAUGGGCAUUAAAUUGAACUUGGGCAUCAAACCAUAAAUAUUUCACCUUAACUUUUCACUUAUAAACAUGCCUGUGUAGGCUUUAUCAUUCAGCUAGACCUUUCUGUAAUACUAUUAAUAAAUUUGAAUGUAUAUAUUGUUUUCAUCGCUAUUACACCAAUCUGAUUAGUGAAGUGCAUCAAAGCUCGAUGCUGAUAAACAGCAGAUCAUACAC